AUGGCACUGGGUGAAGAACCGGAAGAGAGGGUACGUGUGGACGGAAUUCCGGAGUCGUACCUCCUAGCUGACAGGUGUGGCUUUCGAGACUCUGAGCUUCGAGACUUCUGCUGGGCCUUCCGCCUCUACGACGUGCUCGGGGAUGGCAAGAUAGACGCCAUGCAGGCAAGAAAUCCGGCUGAGUGCUAUGUUGACGAGCAAUCGGCAGCGCCCAAGCUCAGUUGGAGUGUGGACUCGGACAAGUUGAUCCAGGUCAUGAAUGACAUCGAUAGCCACGGCAAGGGGAUCCUGGACUUCCAGCGUGCUUCGACUGACAAGCAGCGGCAGCUGCUUGCGAUUCCACGGCUCCCCCGCUUCGUGAAGCUCAUGGCCAAGUUUGACAGGUCGAUGAUCACCGAAGACGAGCUGGUGAAUGCCUUCAAAAUCUUUGACAAGGACAAGAGCGGGACGAUCGAUGCAAUCGAGCUGCAAGAUGUGCUCUGCAAGCUGGGUUUCGAGGUGAACCCGUUGCAGCUGGGAGCUGAGAUGAUUCCGAAGCUAGAACAUCCCGAAUCUGUUUGA